AGACUUAUAUAUUUGAACGUGCAAGGAAAUCUAACACACAUAAAACUUCAAAACAUUAAAACAUUGACAUAUAACUCAUGAAUUCUGUUGUUAAACUCCUCGCGUUCAUAUUUAUAUUCACAAUUUCUGCAGUUCGAUCGAGAGAAAUUGAAGAAGAUGUGAAAUUCUUCAAGUUAAAUGAAAAGGUCAUAUACGAUUGUGUGGAUAUACAUAAACAACCUUCGUUGAGUCACCCACUACUCCAUAACCAUAAAAUCCAGAUGGAACCAUCUUUUUCGAUACCUAACCCAAAAUAUAAAGGUAAAAAAGGAAAUAAAAUUAAAAGAACCAUCGACUGUCCAAAUGGAAUGGUUCCUAUACAAAGGAACACACAUGAAUAUGUUGCAAAUGGUAAAUAUUGGGCAGAAAAACAUUCUACUCCACUUACGGUCGAAAGCCAUGAAACACAUUUUGCCGGAGUUAGAACACAAGAUAAAAGCCCUUACCAUGGUUUGGCUGCUUGGAUGAGUGUGCAUGAUUUGAACGUUAGUAACGACCAGAUUUCCUACACUGCCAUAUAUGUAGAAAGUGGAGUUAACAACAAAGUUAACUCUAUCCAAACUGGUUGGAUGGUGAAUCCAAGUUUAUUUGGUGACAAUCGCACAUGGAGUUAUGGAUUUUGGAAGGGUGCCAAUGGAGCAGGCUGUUAUAAUACAAUAUGUCCUGGUUUUGUUCAAGUGUCAAAAACUGAUCUUUUAAGUGCACCUUUUCCUUAUCCCGGCAAAGGACAAGGAGAAAGAGCAGUUUAUACUAGUAUUUUACAAGAUAAAAUAACAGGAAAUUGGUGGACAACAGAUGUAAAAUACAGUGGACCAGAUACACAUAUUGGCUAUUGGCCAAAAGAACUAUUUGAUCUUAUAGCUAAUAGUGUGGAUAUGGUUGGAGUUACGGGAGCAGUCCGGGCUUCAUCAUCUGGUAUAAGUCCGCCGAUGGGUAAUGGUCUUCUACCAACUGAAGAUGAAAAAGCGUCUGCACAUGUUAAAAACCUUGAAAUCUUAGAUUCUGAGUUUAUAGUCCAAGAAAGUAACAAAUAUAAUUUAGAAAAGGUAUUAGAUAACAACAAAUGUUAUGGCUUAAAGGAUGGUAAGAAAGGUAUUUCCUUCAAAGAAUCCAUUUUGUUUACAUAUGGUGGACCUGGGGGAGAUUCUUGUGGAAUCUAGUAGUAACUUGUUGAAUCUAAUUAAUGGUACAAAGUAAUGUUUUCGGUUAUCAUAAUGAAUAAUGAAUAAUUUGGAAUUUAUGUUUCA